CAUAACUAAAUAGGAACCGUUAAAUUUUGUUGAUGUUUCAGGGGGAUUUUUUUUCGAGUAACACAGGGUAGAACUGUCAAAUUUGAUAUGUGGAUAGCUAGCUUUUAAAUUGUUCUAAUCCUGUUGUUUCAGACCUCCAAUCGGUGUCCUCAUCUUGAUGUGAUGUCGGAUAAACGUCAGCGUGCAAGGGUCCAGGGCUCUUGGGCCAAACCACUGCCCAAACAACCACGUCCAACAGGAGCAAUUCCUAAUUCCAGCACUGUUGUGAUACCAAGUGCCAAUCCACCACCUGCUGGUUGGGGAGUGGGACAGCGGAUGUUUGAGUAUCAACAGCCCGCUAAGCCAGUCAGAGAUGUCCCUACGGAGAAGGUGAUGGAAAUGGGGGGUGAUUAUGAGAUCAGCCAUGGUCCAUCAGGAGUGUCAAGACUGAGGCUGAUCCAUGGGUUCCUACCACCAGAGGAGGCUGACUGGGCCUUCAGUAAACUGCUAGCAGAGCUGCCUUGGUCUCAAAAGACUAACUACAGACAAGGUGAGGCCUACGAGGAGCCCAGGUUAACCUGCUGGUAUGGAGAACUCCCUUACACGUAUGCCCACUCUACUCUGGAGGCCAACGCACAGUGGCACCCGCUGCUGGUCACCCUGCGCUGCGCCGUAGAGAAGGCGAGUGGCCACCGUUUCAACUCACUGAUGUGUAACCUGUAUAGGAACUGCAAAGACAGCAUCGGCUGGCACAGUGACGACGAGGCCGCGCUGGGCACCCGGCCCACCAUCGCCUCCCUCAGCCUGGGAGACAUGAGGGUGUUCAGCCUCCGCAAGCAGCCUGCACCGGAGGAGGACGGGGAUUACACUUAUGUGGAGAGGCUGCGGAUCCCUCUAACUCACGGCACUCUCCUGAUGAUGGAAGGAGCCACUCAGGAUGACUGGCAGCAUUCAGUGGCCAAAGAGUACCACGACCGAGGGCCUCGCAUCAACCUGACCUUCCGCACCAUGUACCCAGAGCAUGAGGGACCGAGACCAAGAGCCAGACUACCACCCCAACACUAAACACACUGUCCUUCACACUCUGGGUGGAGGAGGACAUGACCUCGGCCCUUGAUGGACAUCGUUAAAUACACUUUAUGGGAUAGUGAGGAAGACGAGUGUUGACAUCAGGAGAAAAUACAAGCUUAAAACCACCUGACAAGAUUUGUAAGGAGUUGUCAACGUCUACAGUUAUUCUCACUAAAUAUGUGGAGAGCAAUGUUGUUGUUUCAUUGCAUCAUACGGUAGAUUUUGCCUUAAAUAUAUAUCCCUUAACGGAUUAGUUUGACACCUAUAGUUUCUGUGGACUGGACUCACGGGGGUCAAGUUCUCUGAAGGCCUUAUGAAGUUAAAAAUAUAUGUUUGAAUAAUUUGUCCACAUUUAUUUAUUUGAGAAGACUAAUCAGGAAAAGUAAAAGAUGGAGUUUUGGCCUUCUACCUGGUUGCCUUUUAUUUCAUAUUUCUUUGGCGUCACGUUUAGCUUUUGUUUAAUUAGAUAUUCUAUUUACAAUUACAAGUCAUAAUUUAAUACCCCUUGGCCUUUCGAGAGAACAUCCCAGCUAUAUAAAAUGUGAAUGAACAACUACAGUGACCAAGUUGACCAAAUUAUAGCCCCGUUUUAUUUUGUAACACUAAAGGAUGGAGCUGUUGUGUUGAAUGUUUGGUAAAUUAAAAACAGAGCGAGAGAAUCAUAAAUGUUCUAUUUUUUUAUUGGUCACAUACACAUAUUUAGCAGACGUUAUUGUGGCUGUAGUGAAAUGGUUAGCUUGCAGACGUUUGAAGAGAUCUCUCACUGUCAUUAUCACCGUGUAUAAGGAGGAGAAACCCGUUGGUAGCGGUUCUGCCUUCUGUUUGCAACCUUUUCAUUCCAUUCCAUUUCAUUUUAAAUGCCUUCAUUUCAUUUUCGGGUAUUUUCAAGGCCAUUUUAUAAUGCAUUACCAAGACACAUACCCAACAGUGUGUUCUGGAGUAAGCUCGUACCGCGAUAAUAUCUUAUUCAACAGCCGAGUGGUUACAUGGUUAUAGCCAUCACACCCAUCACCUCACCCUCGAUAUGUAGAAGUCCCAUUUGAGUGCCUGUGAAGUUUUAUGUAGAGAUAAAUUAGCCUCAGUCCUCCUCACACACGUCACAGCUUGGACCUGAUACUGAGAGAGUCACGGCCCCACACUAACGUGAUACAGGUAGCUGCCAAAAUAAAGGAAACACUCCACACACACACAAAGCGUCUUAAAAGGGUGUUGGGCCACCACGAGCCGCGGGAACAGCUUCAAUGGGCCUUGGCAUAGAUUCGACAAGUAUCUGGGACUCAAUUGGAGGGAUGCAACGCCUUUCUUCCCCAAGAAGUUCCAUCAAUUGGUGUUUUGGUGGAAAACCCUGUCUCAGGUGCUGCUCCAGAAUCCCCCAUAAGUGUUCAAUUGGGGUGAAAUCUGGUGACCGAGACACACACCCUUUAAACCCCCUAUGCUCCUCUUGAGACCCUUGUUUCAAAGUCACUGAGAUCUCUUCUACCAAUGGUAGCCAAAAUAAUGGGCAAUUGGGCCAUUUUUUACAUGACCCUAAGCAUGAUGGGAUUUUAAUUGCUUAAUUAGCUCACGAACCACACGUUUGUUUUGGCAGUUACCUGUAUAUUCAGUACCAUGGGGAAAGUUUCCCCUUCAUGACCGUGGACCAUGGAGGGCUCCCUCUCCCCUUGUAACUACAGUAGCCUAUUUCAUUACCCCCAACCUCAGCAGAAUGUCUCCUCUUAAUUUGGUUAUCCAUCUGGUUCAUUUGUGUUGACAUGCAAAUGUACGUAAGGUAAUACUCAUUUCAACCACGCGCCUGAAUGUUGGAGAGAGAAACGUAUGUUAUUAAAUGGGACGUAAGUUUGAAUUUAUUUAACGAAAGCUGUUAAAUCUCAGUAAUACAUGUACUUUUUUGUAACACACUGAAAGGGGCAUUCGGUCCAUAUAUAUAUUUUUUAUACAGUUUCACGUUCAAGAUAUCAGUGUCUUCUUCCCCAAAAGGCAAGCAAGAGCAAACAGUCUGAUGGCCUGCUGUUAGGAUAUCGUUGAGUCUUGUACAGUGUGUGAAAUUUUACGGUUGACUGAUGAGAAUUUUGGUUUUGAAUGGACCUCUCCAUGCAGAUGCACUACUAUAUGUUUAUAUAUAGACACGACCUCAAUCUCUGGCUACUAGGUUACAUCAACAUGUCAAAGCACGUAAUCCAGUCAUACCACAGCAGCUCAGGUCAUUAGAAGAUGUAUUUAUUAAUAAGUAUUAGUAAGAUAUCUAUUGCCGGCAUCAUUGCAAACAGAAGCUCUCCUUGUGCCAGAGUUUUUAGACCAGGGCCAUGUUCAUGAGGGCCCAAUGUUUUAACGCGUUCUGCAAUAGAAAAUGAAAAUGAGUUCAGGUCUCAACAACCCCGUUUCAGUCAGUUCUCUUCUGUUGGAUGUCUAAUGAAUACACCCCAGGUUCAUGUUCAUUAGGGCACCUGUUUUGCAAUGGAAAAUGAAAACCAGCUUAUCUUCAUUUCACCCCGUUUUGUUUUGUGCAUACUGAACAAGACCCUGUGCUCUGGUUGGAGGGGUGCAUCUCAAUAAUCCUCGUCUUCUCUCCUCCUCCGCCACUGAUAGAAAAGAUCUGGACAAGUGAAAUCCUGCAAUGUCCUGCAGGAACUAGCAUCCAUCAGAUUGCUUCGAAAAAAAAUAUGUUGCUUAUGCUUUGAAAGAGAGGAGAAAAAGAAACACCAUGAUAUGAGGGUGAUAAACUUCAAGGUGUUGACACUGGUGAACCACAUUGGCUGUGACUUAUCCGAAGCUUCACUUUCUUAGGCUACUGUUGCCGCCAGUGUAGAGACUUAAGACUUUUCAGUUUAAACUAGUUUCAGUUGUAGUAUAAACUGCCCGGCCUGGGCCCUCGCCCGUGAGUUCUUCUCCCAUAGUGGUUUGUUGACUCAUUUAAUGAAGGUAAUAAUGUGUUCUCAAACACUUAAUGGGCAGUGGCACCCCAAUCACUACCCAGUGCCUCCUCCCCUUUAUUCCUCUGGGACUGACCUGGAAGGGAGAGGAGGAGGAGGAGGAGGAGGAGGAGAAGGAGAGGUUGUAUUCAGUUUGCUCUCCUGUCAGACAGAUGCACGGUACAUUUGGAGAGUCACACUGUGGGUUCAGUGGGCGCCACCUUGGCACCUUCACUUUGCAACGAACAUCCCUUGAAGAAUAAUUGUUCUGUGUGAAGCACGUACAUGCGUGGGUGGCUAGCACGGGGAUGUUGUGUAACAGGUUAAAGCCCCUUGGUUGAGCAGGGAUGUGUGUGUGUGUGUGUGUGUGUGUGUGUGUGUGUGUGUGUGUGUGUGUGGAGCUAACCCUGGCCAGCCCACACGGUGGUGGGACUAUUUGUUCCUAGAGAGAGAGGUUGAAGGUGGAACUCUUGUGUACAAAUGGAUAGGGAUAGUGUUUGUGGGUAAAGCGCUUGUAUACCGCUCUUGUUUGAGAAUACAAUUUCUAACAAAGAUAUCUACAUACAUUUCCGGAUGUCGUGUAUCCCUAGAAAUAAUCCAAAUUUGUCCGAAUUUAAAACAUAGCGUAUCCCCACCUUGGUGGUAAGAUUUUCCACGUCUACAAUGUAUAUUCUGAAUGAAACAUUACCGUCACGUUUUUAAAAGAAUGCAUGAUCUUGAGUUCUUAUGCAUGACAAACUGCUCAAAUACUAUGCAUAUUACUGACAAAAAUGUCAUCAUAAUUUGUAUGGGGUAUGUUGAGCCAAAUGGAACCGUGGCACAAUUUAUCCCAAAGCAACCAUUUUGACUAUAUCAGCCCACACAGCUACAAGGAUGCACGUUCAUGCUAGGUUUUUAAGACCUAAUAUUGAAGCUGAUGUAUGAAAGUCUAAAAACAAUCUACUUUGGUUUAGAACAAGCGUCACGAAAUCUAUAGCACAAUAAAUAUAUUUGAAAAUACA